GCGUCCCGGCCGCGGCGCGACCAUGACUCUGGAGUCCAUGAUGGCCUGUUGCCUGAGCGACGAGGUGAAGGAGUCGAAGCGCAUCAACGCCGAGAUCGAGAAGCAGCUGCGGAGGGACAAGCGCGACGCUCGCCGCGAGCUGAAGCUGCUGCUGCUGGGCACUGGGGAGAGUGGGAAGAGCACGUUCAUUAAGCAAAUGCGUAUAAUUCAUGGCUCAGGCUACUCUGAAGAGGACAAAAAAGGCUUCACCAAGCUGGUGUACCAAAACAUCUUCACUGCCAUGCAGUCUAUGAUAAGAGCCAUGGAAACCCUGAAGAUUCUGUACAAAUAUGAACAGAACAAGGCCAAUGCAGUGCUGAUCAGAGAAGUGGAUGUAGAAAAGGUCAUGACAUUUGAGCAGCCAUAUGUAAGUGCAAUUAAAACAUUGUGGAAUGACCCUGGAAUACAAGAGUGUUAUGACAGGAGAAGAGAAUAUCAACUUUCUGACUCAGCUAAAUACUAUCUCAGCGAUGUGGAUCGUAUUGCCACCCCAGGAUAUCUACCAACUCAGCAAGAUGUGCUACGGGUUAGAGUCCCUACAACCGGGAUCAUAGAGUACCCCUUUGACCUAGAGAACAUUAUCUUCAGAAUGGUGGAUGUUGGAGGUCAGAGAUCAGAACGAAGGAAGUGGAUCCAUUGCUUUGAAAAUGUGACUUCCAUCAUGUUUUUAGUAGCACUUAGUGAAUAUGACCAAGUUCUGGUGGAAUCUGAUAAUGAGAACCGGAUGGAAGAGAGUAAAGCUCUCUUUCGAACCAUUAUAACUUAUCCAUGGUUCCAAAACUCUUCUGUUAUCCUCUUUCUCAACAAGAAAGAUUUGUUGGAAGACAAGAUCCUGUAUUCCCACCUUGUUGACUAUUUCCCAGAGUUUGAUGGCCCACAGAGGGAUGCCCAGGCAGCCCGUGAGUUCAUCCUCAAGAUGUUUGUGGAUUUAAAUCCCGACAGUGAUAAAAUCAUCUAUUCCCAUUUCACAUGUGCCACAGACACAGAGAACAUCCGUUUCGUCUUUGCAGCUGUCAAGGACACCAUCCUACAGCUCAACCUGAAGGAAUACAACCUGGUUUGACCUGCUCUGCUCUUGCCCCUUGAGAGGCUUCUUUGUGAAGAAAAGACAAAAAAAAAAAAAAAAACAAAAAACAAAACAAAAAAAAAAAGAAA